UUAUCAUAUACACAGCUUAUGUAUUGAUCAACACUAGAUUGACUUGCUCAAUGUUCGAAGUGAUGUGGUUGUAAAAAGACCCCUCAUGAGACUUCGUAUGGGUUCACAACACUACUUUUCUUCUCGUUCAAAACAUGCAAAUGGAAAUUGGAAUGAAGGCUUUUUAUUUACUAUUUCUUAUCAUAACCAGUUAUUUGAUACUAUCGAGCUCGAUCUAUAUGAUAAAAGAAGCAAAUGGAGAUCAAAAGCAAAGCAUAUUGGCAAAGCAAAACUAAAGAUUGCUAAAUUAAAAGACAGAGAAGAUGUGUUUAUCACGUUUCUACCAAUGUAUGAAUAUCAUGUCAAGCGUUAUUUGCCUGCUCAUAUUCAAUUACCACAUACAUUCUUAAAAUCACAUAUGCCCAACAUGGCAAGAUUCACUCAAUACACAAACAACCUUCGUCCUCAUUUACUGUUACCAAAAAAUGAAGAAAAAGAACAAACCGAGUUAGAACAAGAACAAGAAGAAGAGGACAUGCCUGUCUAUGAAUUACACCCGAGUCAUAGUAAGAAUUCAAUGACACCUUAUAUUGGUUCCAUUCAAGUCAGAGUACGGUAUUCUUUCCAACACCCACCAACAGAUGCUGAAUCAGAUACAUUGUCUCCUUUUUAUUUCACGCAUUCAAAUCGAUCCAUGGACACUUUCAACUCGUUUCUGACAACUUCUCGAAAAAGCAGUCGUAGAAGUAGUACUUAUAGUAGCAGUAGUAGUACACACAGCAGUACGUCUUAUUCUCGAAAAGACUAUCAUGAUGCAGUUGAACCACGUCUUGUGGUUGUUGAUGACUUACAGACCAUUCAAGAGUCUUCUUCUUCUUCGCCACUGACACCGAAACCGAAACAAUCGUUGGAUGUCUUGCCUCGAAGUGAGUCCAGUGUGGACUUUAUGUUUCAUCAGAAUCUAAACCAAGGCUUUCGUCGCAACAAUAUCAAUCUUGAGCAACUCAAGAUUGAUUUCCCUAAACUAGACGGUGAAAACAAAAAGAAACAGACCGAACUUGUGUCUGAUACAGCCAGUAUCAAAAGCCAUAACUUUGGUGAUAAAAACUUUGCUUUUCGAUGGAUCAAUGAGUCCUUUGAAGAAGUGGCUAUUUCACACCCUAGUCUUGACCGUAUGAUUGGCAUGGUCGUGAGUCCUCAAACUCGAAUUUUAUUAAGAGCCGUUGUCAAAAUAUUUCAUGCCUUUGGUCAAGGGUUCAAAAUUACCAUUCUUCAGUUAAUUUCUUCUUUAGGGCUAUUACAAAACUUUUAUGCUGAAAUUCCAAGAUCACCACCUGCUGAAAAAGUGACAGAUCUCAAGUUUUUGGAUGAAGCUUAUUACUUUUUAGGGCAUGCGAUCAUUGCUUAUGGCUGGCGUGGUAUCUCUUAUCUAGGUGAUUAUGCUAAAUAUCUAAAAGAUGUUGUAAAGACAAAGUCAAACAAAGAAGCCAUUGUACGCUAUCUAAAGAUACCUCAAGAAGAUUUGCUUGGUUAUGAAUAUGGUCUGCGUAAAGGAGCUGUAUUCCAACCCAGUUAUUUUGUUUCUUAUGAUCAUGUACAUGAAGCAGUCGUCUUGGGUAUUCGAGGCACUUGGAGUUUGUAUGAUUGUAUUACUGAUUUAGUAUGUGAAUACCGUCCUUGGAAAGGGGGUCUUGUUCAUUCUGGUAUCCUUGCUUCUGCUCAAUGGUUUUUUACUCGCAUUAUUCCUCAAAUCUUCCUGUACGUGGGCGAACAAACAGAAUCAGGUAACCGCCGUGUUUCUUCUUUUAUUAUUACAGGACACUCUUUGGGUGCAGGUACUGCUGCUGUCCUGACCAUGAUGGUAGUGGAUCACAUUGAACAACUUCGAGAACUAUCGAAUAAUCCAGACUUCAAGGUCCAUUGUUACAGUUAUGCUCCAACAGCCAGUGUAUCUCUUGAUUUAUCCGAGAAAUACAAAGAUCACAUUGACAGUUUCGUAUGUCAAGAUGACCUUGUGGGUCGCUUAUCGUAUGGUACGGCUUCCUGCGCGAAGGAGCUCAUCAUGGACUCGGUGAUUGCCUUGGAUGGUUUAGGAGGUGCCAACAAGGUCAACAACAACCCUUCACUUCGUCAAGAGUGCUUCAGUAUCAUACAAGCCCGUCGCAAAGAAAUAUACCAUAAUAAAGAACCCCGAUACCCAUUGUUAUAUGUGCCUGGAAGUGUCUAUCAAUUCAGGCGUGGUAAAGGAAGCCCAGCCAACAAAGUACCCACAGCGCAAGAUAUUCAGUUACCCGGUACAGAAGCCAAUCGUCCUCGGGCUGCAUCUCAUGUUGAUCAAAGAAGACGCUCGAUAUCUGCUGCUCUUAGUCAAUCUGAGCCUGUGUUACCUACCAAAGCCAGCACGGAAACAAACCAUGUCUCAUUUACGUUGCAUAAAUCAUCCCCUUUAUUGUCUGAAGAGGCACUUAUUUCAAAGACAUGUCUUGAAGACCAUAUGGUUGUUACUUACUUGACUGCUUUUCAAAUGGCUCGUCAAGACGCCAUGCGUCAAAAUGCCUUUCGUCGUCAUCAUUAUCCAUCUCCCACUGCAUCCUCCUCAUUUCAAGCAUAACAUUCAAAUACAACUUUUCCAGAUAACGCAUGUGUGAAUUUUUAGCGUUUGUAUAUGAUGCAUUAUUGUGUAACUUUCAGCAUUUAGCAAAUAAACAAUACUAUAUCCCCCCCCCUCCUCCUCUU